AUGGCGACUCCAAAGAUCAUCUUACCCGAAAAGGGGAAGAAUAACAUCCUGAUUACCAGUGCCUUACCAUACGUGAACAAUGUUCCUCAUCUUGGAAAUAUUGUUGGUAGUGUGCUUAGCGCCGACGUAUUCUCCCGCUAUAGCAAGCUGAGAGAUCGUCCAACUCUGUAUAUUUGCGGCACUGAUGAAUAUGGUACUGCUACGGAAGUCAAGGCUCUGGAGACAAAGCAGACUCCCAAGGAACUUUGUGAUGAAUUCCACAAAAAACAUAAGGAUGUUUAUGACUGGUUUGAAAUUGGGUUUGAUUACUUCGGAAGGACGACGACGGAACAACAGACGAUUAUCGCACAGGAUAUUUUUAUGAAACUUCAUAAGAAUGGGUAUUUGGAGGAACGCACAACCACACAACCUUACUGCGAAUCGCACAAAUCCUUCCUUGCGGAUCGUUUCGUCGAAGGUACUUGUCCUAAGUGUCAAUAUGACGAUGCACGAGGGGAUCAAUGUGAUAAAUGUGGCAGUCUUCUGGAUGCCUUGGAGCUCAUCAACCCACACUGCAAAGUCGAUGGUGCUACUCCGGUUCCUCGCGAAACCAAGCAUAUCUUUUUACUUCUCGAUAAAUGUCAAGCUGCGAUUGAGGAAUGGUUCAACAAGUCUAGUGAAGAAGGAGGAUGGCCAAAGAAUGGUAUCAGUAUCACAAACUCAUGGCUGAAGCAGGGGCUGCUAGGACGAAGUAUUACUCGAGACUUGAAGUGGGGAACACCAAUUCCUUUGCCAGGUUAUGAGGAUAAGGUGCUUUAUGUUUGGUUUGAUGCUUGCAUUGGAUAUCCAUCGAUUACGGCAAAUUAUACAAAGGAUUGGGAGCUCUGGUGGCGCGAUCCUGAGAACGUUAAACUCUACCAGUUCAUGGGCAAGGACAAUGUUCCUUUCCAUACUGUUAUUUUCCCUGGAUCUCAAUUGGGAACUGGAGAUAAGUGGACUAAACUCAACCAUCUCUCUACAACUGAAUAUCUAAACUACGAGAACGGCAAAUUCUCGAAAUCUAGAGGUGUAGGUGUCUUCGGUGAUACUGCAAAAGAUACUGGUGUCCCACCAUCCGUAUGGAGAUACUACUUGUUAUCGAAUCGACCUGAAACAGCAGAUUCCCAAUUUGAAUGGGCAAACUUCAUUCAAUUGAACAACUCCGUCCUGCUCAAUAACUUGGGCAACUUUGUUAAUAGAGUCAUCAAGUUUGUCAAUGCGAAGAUGGAUGGAGUGAUCCCAGAAUACUCCCUCGACUACAAAGACGAGUCGUUCGAUUUCCCUGCUUUUAUCGAAGAAGUCAAUGGACAGUUGAAAGAUUAUAAUAAUGAUAUGGAAGCUGUGAAGAUUCGCGCCGGUUUAGAUCAAGUCAUGAAGAUCUCAACCAGCGGAAACAACCUCCUUCAAUACCGUUUAGACAAUGCCAACCUCGCCGAACACCCCGAAAGAACUCACACAGUCAUUGGACUUGCACUCAAUCUCGCCUAUCUCAUCGCAUCCAUCACCUCCCCGUUCAUGCCCUCCACUUCCGAAUCCAUCGUCACCCAACUCUCCGCCCCCCUCAUCUCUAUUCCCGACAAAUGGAACCCCGCUGUCCUCAAGAGCGGCCACAAGAUUGGCAAACCAGAAUAUCUCUUUACACGUAUCGACGAGAAGAAAGCCGAAGAAUGGAGAAAGCAAUAUGGAGGAACUCAAGCUUCCAGAAUGGCAGAAGAAGAAGUCCAGGCGAAGAAGAAGGCGGAUAAGGUGAGAGAUAAGGAGAGAAAGAAGGCAAAGAAGGAGGCCGAGAAAGCAGCCAAGGCUGCUGGAGGAGCUGAGAAGAAGGAUGCUCAGGUGCCAGUUGUUGUCGAGACUGAAUUACCUUUGAGAGGAAAGGUUGCGGAGGAGCAGGCUCCACCUCCUGCUGCAGCACCAUAG